AUGACGGAGAGCAGCGGUAGUAAAGGAGAGGAGAUUGUGGUUGCGGAGUUGAGGAUUUUGAUUUCUCGGACGGGAUUGAGAAACCGUCUGCUGCCCUAUCAUUCCAUUGAAAAAUACAAGAACUAUGAUACAAAGCGCGGCAAAGGAAGAAUUUGCCACCGAGAGCGUCCUAAAGAUGCCCUCUUUUAA